GACACGUCAACAGUCAUGUUGCGUAGAUCGGUCAGCUUAUUAGCGCCGUUCCGUCGUCAUUCUUCAGUGUCCAUCAUGAACAGCAACAGAGUGGUCGUAAACGUGCGUGAAGGAAAGUUAAUCGGUAUCAUCGACGAAAAUAUUCACGGUGGCAAUUACAUAGCUUUCCGAGGAAUACCGUAUGCAAAACCUCCGGUGGGUGAACUCAGAUUUAAAGAUCCGGUACCACCAGAAGCAUGGUCGGGCAACCGAGACGCUUCCAAGUACGGAAACAUCGCUGUUCAAGUGAAUAUUUUCACGCAUAAAGUAAUGGGCGACGAAGAUUGUCUCUAUUUGAAUGUGUUCACCACGGAUACAGAGCCUUUAAAGAAGCGCGCUGUAAUGGUGUGGAUACAUGGUGGUGGCUUUUUUAUGGGCUCCGGCGAUGCGUCUUUCUAUGGUCCCGAUCAUAUCGUUCGGAAGGACGUAGUACUCGUUACUCUGAAUUAUAGAUUAGGUGUUCUAGGUUUCCUCAAUUUAUAUCAUAAAAAGGCAGCGGGAAAUCAGGGCUUAAAAGAUGUAAUUAUGGCGUUACAAUGGAUUCAAAAAAAUAUAUCGCAAUUCGGUGGAGAUCCCAAUAAUAUCACAAUUUUUGGUGAAAGUGCGGGUGGAGCGAUUGUUCACUAUCUGACUAUUUCGCCGUUAGCUAAAGGUUUAUUUCAUAAAGCGAUAUGUCAAAGCGGCGUCGUGAAUAAUCCUUGGGCUUUCACUGGACGGGACACUUCUAUCAAUAAUGGUCUGCAGUUAGCCGAGAAACUUGGUAAGGCAACUUCAGAUACGGAAGUCGCCUACAAAUUUCUAAAAAAGAUAGACGCAAGAAAAUUAAGAGAAGCAGAAAUAGAGCUUUUCUUGGCAGAAGCAGUGCGUUUAAAUCUUUCGAUUGCAUUUACGCCGACUAUGGAUUCCGAGUCAUCGAAUCCUUUAUUACCGGUAGAAUCAUCGGAAUUAUUACGUAAUGGAAUCAAAAUGCCACUAAUAUUCGGAUACACUAGUUGCGAAGGCAAUUUUUUCUUACGAGGAAAAUUUUUUGGUGAUAUAAGCAAAGAGACUCUGAAGAAAGUCGAUUCUGAUUUCAAGAAAAUUAUACAUCCUAGAAUUUUGUGUCAAUUACCACAGAUACCGAUCACGAUUUCAGAUUUGCGAUCGUUAUAUUUUGGUGAUAAAAAAAUAUCAGAGGAAACUCUAAUGAAUCACUCUGAUUUUCUUGGCGAUCAGUGUCUCUAUAGCGGCAUUAUGGAAGCAGUUGAUACUCAAAUGAAUUCUGGUACUAACGAGCCGAUAUACUUGUACAAGUUUUCAUAUGAAAGUAAAACUUCUCCCAUGAAAAAUAUAUUAGAUAUUCAACUUUCAGGUAUUGCGUUUUUAAUUAAUUUAGAACUAUGUAAAAAUUAUUUAUCUUAUAGAGAAGAAGUACGUUCAUAAGUGUGAAGUUAAAUGUCCUUAAAUCUCUAUAUAUGACUGUAAAAUGACAAAGAGAGUGACGUGGUUCCGGAAUAAUUUUAUUAAAAAGAACUAUAAAU